GGGAGGAGAAGGAGGACGAUGAAGAACGACGAAAGAAGCGGCGGUCGGGACUGUUGCGCUCUACCCGGUUUAGUGUUUCCUGCUACCUGCGCGGCCGAGGAGCGUAUUUGAGAUACAUAUGGAAUAAUAAUUCAAGGAGACCUACAAUGGAAAAGUCAUGGAUGUUGUGGACCUUUGUUGAAAGAUGGCUAUUAGCCUUAGCUUCAUGGUCUUGGGCUCUCUGCCGUAUUUCUCUUUUACCUUUAAUAGUAACUUUCCAUCUAUAUGGAGGCAUCACCUUACUUGUGUUAAUAUUUGUAUCAAUAGCAGGUAUUCUGUAUAAAUUCCAGGAUGUAUUGCUUUAUUUUCCAGAACAGCCAUCAUCAUCCCGUCUUUAUGUCCCUAUGCCCACUGGCAUUCCACAUGAAAACAUUUUCAUUAGAACCAAAGAUGGAGUGCUUCUCAAUCUAAUUUUGCUGAGAUACACUGGAGAUGAUUCAACAUAUUCCCCAACUGUCAUUUAUUUUCAUGGAAAUGCAGGCAAUAUUGGUCAUAGGUUGCCAAAUGCUUUGCUUAUGCUGGUUAACUUGAAAGUUAACCUUUUACUUGUUGAUUAUAGAGGUUAUGGAAAAAGUGAAGGUGAAGCAAGUGAAGAAGGACUCUACUUAGAUUCUGAAGCUGUGCUGGACUAUGUGAUGACCAGACCUGACCUUGAUAAAACAAAAAUUUUUCUUUUUGGCCGUUCCUUGGGGGGAGCAGUGGCUAUUCAAUUAGCUUCUGAAAAUUCCCAUAGGAUUUCAGCCAUCAUGGUAGAGAACACAUUUCUAAGCAUACCACAUAUGGCAACUACUUUAUUUUCUUUCUUUCCAAUGCGUUAUCUUCCUUUGUGGUGCUACAAAAAUAAAUUCCUGUCCUACAGAAAAAUCUCUCAGUGCAGAAUGCCUUCUCUUUUCAUCUCUGGGCUCUCAGACCAGUUAAUUCCACCAGUAAUGAUGAAGCAGCUUUAUGAACUAUCCCCGUCUCGGACUAAGAGAUUAGCAAUUUUUCCCGAUGGAACUCAUAAUGACACAUGGCAGUGCCAGGGUUAUUUCACUGCACUUGAACAGUUCAUCAAAGAAGUUAUAAAAAGUCACUCCCCUGAAGAAAUGGCAAAGACUUCAUCUAAUGUAACGAUUAUAUAAUGCUCUUUCUGAUUAAUGCACUGUAUCUUGAUUUGUUCAAAGUGAUAAGAAUGUUAAUUUUUAAAUGUGUAUUAUGUCUGUACUUGCCUAAGAGUAAAAUUAAAACUUUGAAAGGUC